AUGCAAUUUCUGAGCAUCGCCAAACACGAUGAUGGCUCAGAACGCUGAUCCGGCCGGCAAAAACCUCUACAGGGCCCGACACUAUUCCGUAAUACCUCUGGGUCCACGAUCCGGAUUGAUUUCGUGGGUAGACGGGACGACGCCAGUUUUUGCGCUCUACAAGCGCUGGCAACAGCGCGAAUUGGCCAAACCCAACGCUAAAGGUAAGAAUUUGUUCACAAAUUUAAGCAAUUUUCAUAAAAAUCUGAACCAACCUCCAAAAAUUCGAUUUUUCUUCAUUUUUCUGAGCAACACCACAGUUCCUCGGCCUUCUGAGCUCUUUUACAACAAACUCGUUGAGCAUGGAGUGAGCAACAUCGAGAACCGCAAAGAGUGGCCUCUGGCGGUGCUUAAAGAAGUUCUGACAGAGCUCACAAACGAAACGCCCAGCGAUCUGAGAAUUGUGGUGCAACGCCGUGUCGGCCAAUGCCUGGUGGCAAGUGGUCAAACGGUACUCGUACAGUGUUGCCGUCAUGAGUAUUAUUGGUUACAUUAUUGGUUUGGGCGACCGGCACUUGGACAACGUCCUGAUCGAUUUAUCCACCGGUGA